GUGCGCGGCAAUUCCAUCGCUGCUGCGAACAUGGUCGACUGCGCGGGCACAGCGGGCGCGCAGUGGGGCAGCAGGGGGUGGAAGAGCAGCUUCGGUCGGGUGAAAAUUUUGGACCGACGCGAGCUGCCCCGCGAGACUGCUCGAGAGGAGGACUGGGCGCCCAUCGCGAUCGAGAGCCUCAACAACGCCAUCGGCGCCAUGGCGCAGAGCAAGGCGAAGGAGGUCGAGCAGCCAGCCUCGGCGUUCAAGUGGCUUCCCCCGCGGGCGAAGGGGGGGCUGCGCCAGCUCGUCGAGGAGUCGGAGCGCCAGGGGGCCUGGCCAUGGCAGUUGAUGAUCGCGCCGGUGGGCCUCUCGCCGAAGGGCGCUGGAGGGGACGGGGCGAUCGGUUCGCCCCCAGAGGUGGUUAAGUUGCGAUCGAAGAUGCGCGGCGAGUAUACCGGCAAGUGGGCCACCACCAUGGCGGGCGAGAGGGGCGCGGCGAUUGCUCUCAAGGAGGCAUCGGUUCGUUCUUUCGCCGACGGAGCCCUGGAGCGGUUGCCGAUGAAGGUCUACACGUUCUACGAAACACUGGAGCCCGCCCUUAUUCUGGGCGAGGGGCUCAGGCUAGGCACGCCAGCCCGCGCGCUGCACUUGGACAUGUCGAGCCACUCUAGCGCGCGCCUUAUCAGGGACAGGACAGCGCGCGCAGAGCCCAUCGCCCCCGACAGGUGGAUUUGCGCGGGCGCGCGGAGGGGUAUCGACUUCGGCAGAGUGGCCCUCUACGCGGUGCUCAAGAAGGUUAGCGCCAAGUUCUGGCGGGCGCACGUCCGCUCGCGGGCGGGCGACGUCACCGCCAGGAUGGAGUGCUCGAGGAAGGAGGUGGCCAGGCAGCUGUCCAGCGCUGGCGCGGGCUUCGCUUCGGGAGCGAAGAGGGCGAAGCCGACGUUGUCCACCAAGUCCGCGCUGACCGGCAACGACUCGGACGUAGGGAAUGAAGUCGCGCGCAGGUUGCAGUCGCGCAACAUCGCGGCGAAGGUGAAGCACCAGGCUCCAGACCUCGGGAUCGACCGAGUGCGCAGCAUCGCGGGCGGCGAGGGGGCGCGCGCCAAGAGGGCGGCCCAUGCUGAUCGG